CAUUUGCUUCGCGACCGCAUUUUAUAGUGAAGUUAGUAGCGUACGAAAGCUGACAGCGUGUUUGGUGUUGAGCUGUUGAGUUCAUUGAGUCCAUUACGUGUCCCUUAACCAAGCCACGUCAAAAUAUUUAUUUCCUACAAUGGUGGAAAUUGAGUCUAUGAUGAGAUAUGUUUCUCCUAUAAACCCUGCAAUCUUCCCAUUAUUAGCAGUGGUAUUACUAGGGAUUGGAAUAUUCUUUACAGCAUGGUUCUUUGUAUACGAAGUUACUAGCACAAAAUUUACGAGGGAUAUGUUCAAAGAAUUGUUAAUCUCUCUAGUGGCAGCAAUAUUUUCUGGGUUCGGUGUAUUAUUCUUACUGCUGUGGGUUGGCAUUUAUGUAUAGGUGUAUUUUAUCGAUGUGAAAAAUAAAUUUUAAGACUAUAUCUAUUAGUAUUUAAAUAAUUAUAUAAUAAUUCCUCAUUACAUAAGAAUAAAAACAAUGUAUUUUUACUAAAACGUGCAAUGUAGUGUUUCAUCUAUACAUUUAUUACAUGGUAAAUAAGCAUUA